AUGGCUCAAGUGAACGGCGACGUGUCGAGCUCGGCUCCCAGCUCGGCAUUUGUCCAGCACCUCCUCGACUACCCCGUCGUCCACGACGGUGUCACCAGCUUUAAGCAGAACCCCUACGGUCAGAAGUCUCUGCAGCUCAGCGACUCUGCCUACAAGACCUUUGCCCAGCCCUUCAUUCCCUACCUCGCCGGCCCUUUCGAGUUCGUGCGACCUUAUCUCCAGAAGGCCGACACCUUCGGCGACCAGGCUCUGUCCAAGGUUGACCAGCAGGUCCCCUUCGUCAAGAAGCCUACAAACGAGCUGUACGCCGGCGCCAAGGGCAUCAUCGCCCUUCCCUUCAAGACGGGCGUCGAGACCAAGGACCACGUUCUCAAGACCUACUCGGCUGAGUACAAGAAACUCGGCAAUGGCAAUGACAACGUUAUCACCUACGGCAAGGCCUUGGUCAGCACAGCCUUCAUCUCUAGCAGCGAGUUCUUGACGUGGGCCAACAAUGUUCUGCACUACAAGAAGGAGGAGGCCAAGGAGGCCAUCAACGAGAAGGCAAACAACUAG